GGCAUCUCUUUACGCAAUAAUCAUCGUUUUUUUUUCUUCUCAUUUUCGCAUGAAAAAAAAAUACAAAACCGGAAAAAGCAAUCAACACAAAUCCAACACCUCAACCCGAUUACAUACUUGUUUCUACUAUCUAUAAAGAAAUUUCCAAUUGCAACACGUGGAUCCCUCCUACAAUACAAAAUGAAUCUCGUUUUCCGGUAACAGAUCAUCUGAUCCUUUUUAUUUGCAAUUACUAUUUUUAUCUGCUUCUCUAAUUUUUCGCUGGUUGUUGUUUUGUGUGUCCAAGCGAAAUUGCCUGUUUGUUGCAUACAAUCGUCUGUCCCUAGCUCCGUUCUGCUCUCUGCGAAUAGUUUCGUUUCUUCUCAACGUUUCGGUUCAUCUGUUGUGAAUUUGCUUGUAUGGAGUUUGUUGUGUUUUGAUUGGAUGUUUCUGACCUUAUUGGAUGGAUUUGCUUCAAUCAUGCUUUUUUUAAAUCCAUGGUCAGGUUUUAAGGUGUAAGGAGUUGUAUCUUUUUAGAGAUCGGGUUGGCUUCGGUAAAAUUCUAGAAGCAUAGUUGAGAUUAGGUUUUUGAGGGUUUCAAUUGGUAGUAGUUUUAGAAAAGUGGAGGUGAAGUUUGAAUGGGGAUUCAGACAAUGAAUUCUCAUGUGAGCAGUGGAGGGCAGCAAUCUCAUGUACAGCAUCAUCCACUGCAACGUUGCAACUCGUGGUUAGGCCUAACGCUAGAUGAAGUUGAGAGGCACUUGCUAGGUAAUUUGGCAAAGCCAUUAGGAAGCAUGAACCUUGAUGAGUUGCUCAAGAAAGUGUGGACCACUGACACUAGCCACUCCUCUGGGAUGGAGAGCAUCGAAACAUCCCCUGCAGUGUCACUGCAGCGCCAGGCGAGUUGGUCGCUUGCUAGGGCUUUCACAGGGAAGACGGUGAAUGAGGUGUGGAGGGAUAUCCAGCGAGGGUAUAAGAUGAGCAAUGUGGAUGGCUUCGGUAUCCAGGAACGAACCCCGACCCUUGGUGAGAUGACUUUGGAGGAUUUUUUGGUGAAAGCGGGGAUGUACGUGUCCAAUGCUUCCACCGUUUCUAUUGAACCCAUGAUGUCCUUGGAUAGCGCACUCAAGUCCCACAAAUUCUCAUCUCAAAUGAGGUCGUUGUCUCCUUCGCCUUCAAUUGAUGAUUUGUCAGAUACACCAUUGCCUGGCCGGAAGAGGAUGUCUGGGGAUCUUGAGAAGACCGUUGAGAGGAGGCUAAGGCGAAAAAUUAAGAACAGAGAGUCUGCUGCACGAUCACGUGCAAGGAAACAGGCAUACCACAACCAGUUGGUGACCAAGGUCUCACGACUUGAAGAGGAAAAUUCAAAGCUUAAGAAGGAAAAGAUUUCUCAUGGAACUAGCCGUGUUAGCUUAUUCUACCUUCAGAUUGUCUUGGUGUGAAAACACAAUAAUGGGGUUCGUUCGACAGCUAUACUGUCAACUGUGAUAUCCCGAAUUCGAACAGAUAACCACAUGUGAGCCCUGCACACUAAGGUUUCAGCUGCGAAGAACUUCUUCGUUCUAAUACUCUAUGGGAACGAAGUUUUUGAGUGGAGCCCAUACAAUAUAGGGUAGAAUUCGCCUGCAUUUCAUCCCUACUUUGUUACUCCAGUGUGUAAAAGUGUUACCCUUGUAGGAGGUGAAGACCUAGAUGCUUGUUAUUAGAAAGAAAUGAAGCAACACUUAAAUAGUUAAAUGUUUAGUUGAUUUAUAUUCUGCCAAUGAAAGUGGUUAAAAGUCAAAAA